CACGUGUUGCUAUUAUGGCCGGCGACGGGGCUACACAGGUUGAGCACAUGUCUGAGGAGGUCAAGGGAGAAUCUCAGGACAAUACAUGGGGAUGGCUGGAGUCAACAGCCCAUGCUGCAGAUUUUUGCCCCACUGAGGAUCAUGCUGUUGUGCCACAUGAUACCCCCAUGAAAGAAGGAUACCUCCUUGCUGCCCAUUGCAUGAUUUAUGCACUGGAUGAUAGCGUUGUCUUCAAUUUAUAUUGCAGGAGAGCUGCUGUCCUGAUGCACAUGAGAUUUGAUGGCUACCUUGGUUUCCCUGGUGGGCUAGUCGACACAGGAGAGGAGAUUAUUCCUGCUUUGAAUAGGGAGCUGCAUGAGGAGAUGAACCUUGACCUGACUCGCUUCCAAGUGAAACAUGAAGACCAUGUCAUUUCACACGAGAAUGCCAAGAACCGUGUCAUAUGCCACUUCUAUGCCUUGUGUGUCUCUCUAGCAGAGUUUGAGGAGAUUGAACGGGCAGCUCUAGCAUCCAAAGAGCAUGGGCAUGAGGUCCUUGGACAUAUACGAGUCCCUUUGUAUGUGAUGGGUGAUGGCUAUCGAGGUUUUCCAACAUUUUUGGACAACAACUUCUGUGGCAAUGCUCGUUCUCAACUUCUUACUUCCUUGAAACAGCGAAACAUCCUUCCUGAAUCAAUUAUCAAUGCAGCUUUGGCAGCUACCAAAAAGUAUGUCCCAGCUUCAUCAUGA